AUGUUAAACACACGUUUUCAUACAUAUAUAUAUAUGUAUAUGUAUAUAGACGGGCACAGCGCUAUAGAUUAUACACUUACCACAGACCAGCACUCUAUCACCAUGGAUAACGAUAUUAAAAAAUUCAAGUUGUACUUGAACCAUCUCAAUAAGCAGCUCAACGCCUUGAAGCCACAGCUAGAGAAACUCAUAAGUCAUGGAUCUUUGGACGACAUGCUGAUUAAUUUGAAUUCAUCCAAUAACAUUGAAUUAGAAAAAUUGAAACUUGUCAACCAUAUGGCUUACAUACUUACGUCUUUGCUGUUCAUUAACACAAAACUGUAUAACGUCAAGGAUAACUCAAGGAUAAUGGGUGAAUUGAAUAAAGUUAAAGAAUAUAUGGGAAGGUAUGAUACUUUCAAGAAUAAAGCAAUAAGGUCCAAGGAUGAGAAAUCGCAAGCAAAAGAGCAGAUCGCAGGUGUCCUACAGAAUAGUGCUAUCAGUUAUAAGAAUUUUGAAAGGAAAGGAAAGAUAAAUAAAUAUAAAGUAUCGAAAAAAUAA